UAAUCCCAACAAAACCAUCCCCCUGUUUAAAUCCACUCCAACGGCGCUCACCACUUCCACACACUGUCCUCCGCUGCUAUCCCGCCGCAACCGGGCCCCUGGAGGAGAGGAAGCGCCAGCACCAGCUCCGCACCGCAGCACCAUCACUGCUGCCUCUCGCCUGCAGCAGUAACAUGCUUUGCAGGGCUCGGCUGCUGUAGCCCAGGGCCACUAAAGUCAGUCACCCAACCAGCCAGUGCGUGUGGAUGUGUGUGAGUGUGCAGUAAAAAACAGCAGCAGUAGUAACCGGACGGAGAUCUCGAACGACAACACUAUUCACCAGGCGCACCGGAGGAAGGCGUCCGGAGCGAGCCGAGCAUCCCCGCAUCUCUACCCGGCUGUCCUCAACCGGAGCAGGGGUAUCCUUCUCCCCUCCACAGACACCACCUCGGCUUUAUCGGGUGUGAAAAGCCUGGCUAGUGAUAUAGUCACUGUUGUUGUCAAGGAAAUUGUCCCGUUGCCAUGGGGAAACAGAACAGCAAGCUGCGACCAGAGAUGCUGCAGGACCUCCGGGAGAAUACUGAGUUCUCCGACCACGAAUUGCAGGAGUGGUACAAGGGGUUCUUGAAGGAUUGCCCCAGUGGAACGCUGAAUGUGGAGGAGUUCAAGAAAAUCUACGCCAAUUUCUUCCCCUACGGGGACGCCUCCAAGUUUGCUGAGCACGUCUUCCGAACUUUUGACACCAACGGCGAUGGGACGAUAGACUUCCGGGAGUUCAUCAUCGCCCUGAGCGUGACGUCACGGGGCAAGCUGGAGCAGAAGCUGAAAUGGGCCUUCAGCAUGUAUGACCUGGACGGAAAUGGGUACAUCAGCCGUGAUGAGAUGCUGGAGAUUGUACAGGCCAUAUACAAGAUGGUGUCAUCGGUGAUGAAGAUGCCAGAAGAUGAAUCCACGCCGGAGAAGAGGACAGAUAAGAUCUUCAGACAAAUGGAUCUCAAUAAUGACGGCAAAUUGUCCCUGGAGGAGUUUAUCAAAGGUGCCAAAAGCGACCCCUCCAUCGUCCGGCUACUCCAGUGCGACCCCAGCUCGGCCUCCCAGUUCUGAACCCCCGCCCAUCUACAACCCUUUCUUCCUCACCCUCCAUGUUGCUAUUGAAACAGUCACUUAAAUCAGUGCAUGAUGGUUCUCGUCUCUCGUAUGAUCUUAUCAUCAUUUCUUCUUUUUUUGUGUGUGUGCAAGGAUGGAGGAUGAAUUUUAAGGAGGCUAAGAAAAGUCAUCACUAUCGUUUUACUUUCAUUUAUAUAUUUGGGAAAAAUGAAGGGGCAUGCAUACAUUUAAUGAUCAGUCGACAGUGGCGCCCGCUAAUGUUCCCGAAUAUCUCUCUCUCUCUCUGGAACGUCAGAUUUCCAGGGAGCCUGUGACAAAGUGUGGAUGUUUUUUGCAGGGUGGGGAUUGCUCAGUUUCUCCACACAUGUAUAUCAUGUAUAUACUGUACGUCUGUGUAUAUCAUGAGAUGAAGGACAUUUGUCUUCAUGUAUGUUGCACACUCUUUGGCAUUGAAAGGCAGUAUUAUGUAGCGUAGCUUCCGGUUCUGAUCUGAAUGGGUGGUCGGUGUGGCGGUUGGUGGGGUUGGGGCACUAUUGGGAUUUUACUGCUAUAUGAUCUUUCUAUGAGGAAAAAGAAGGCCUAAGAUCCUAUGAGGUUUUUAUUGAUAUCUACUGGCAUUUUGUUGAUUUUUAAAUUUAUAGAUUUAUGUUGGGGUUUUUUCAUUUGUACAUAUUGUUUCCCUCCUUCAUGUUGUUUUAUUUAUUCAUUUGUAUUCUUAUUAUUGUGCUUUUACUUUGAUAUGUUGUUAAAGAUGACCAUAUUCCAGUUUACAGUGACAGAGAGAGAGAGAAAAUGUGAGAUUAAGCUCUUUGGGAUUUGUGGAUUUGUUCAAGAUUAUGAAAUAAGGGUGUCUCAUAAUGCAUUUGAUCGACACCAGUAGCACAUAUCGUUUGAGCUGCCAUGUGUUUAUAAAGUAUGGCUGUGCAUUUGGUCUGAAUGCGUGUGCGUGCAUGUGAGUAUGCGCUGUAUGCUUGAGGCUAACUUUUACAGUAUUAUCUUGCUGUGUUGUUUCUUAAUUUGUAUGUAUUUUAAAGUUCUUUAACAACAAGCAGUAAACUUAACAUAGUCGUAACCAUUAUACUGCAUGAUCCUAUGAACCGGACAAUGGCAAAAUCCACAAAAACAGUUAACGCACAGCGGUAUCUUUUUGUAGCUCUGCAGCCUCCUCAGCACUGUACCGGGCAGAAAUGACUGAAUACUUGUCUUGCUUUGGGACAAACCCUCAUCCCUCUCUUUUUUUCCUCUGACAGAGAACUCACUAAGGGCUCGUUCAUCACUCUCUAGCUGAAUGCUUUUAUAACCUCCUGGAUUAGUCUGCUUGUGGAGCAGUUAGAUGAAGGGACAUGUGCCAGAGCCAGUGCAGAUACAUGUUCUGAUUAGAGUUUUCAGGGCUUCCAGACAUAUGUAGUAAUCUGACAGACAUCAGUGACUGUGUUUAGAUUAGCACUGAUACAAACCCUAAAUUCAUACCCCACUAAAUUCAUACCCCACCUCUUCUAACAUAUUGAUCAGUCUCUCCAGUUUAAAUAAAAUCCAAGACUUCACUUUAUUGUAUGAUAUUAGAGUUUGAAAACACGACUGAAUAAAACAUGCUUCAGAAUAAAAGCCCCCAUCUGAAAUGCUGUGCACAUGUAAACAGAGCAACUGGUUGCCGGAAGACUAAAACUACUCUCCCGGAUUAAGGAUUUAAGGCCCCCAUUGUCAGAUCACUGUUGCCAUCUUCUAUUUUGGAGGUCAAACAAAACACAAAUUCUGUUUGUGAGGAAGCGAAGCGUCGGGCAAACUGGGACAAAGUCACAGUUUGGAGCAAAAAUACUAUUUUCGAUUCAAUCAAAAUGUUUCUUUACAUGAUGCACAAGAAAGUCAAGUUAACAGAAGACCAUCCAAAAGCAUUGAGGGAUAAUUGUUAUUAUGCCAUUUCUUUACUUUUACAGAUUUAUAUUGAACAAGUAUAAUGCAUACAUGUUUUUGGUACUUAGAAGUGGUGUAAAGUAACUAAGUACAUUUACUCAUUGUACAUUUAUACAUAGGUACUUUACUGGAGUAUUUUUUUAUUUUAUGGCACUUUAUACUUUUACUCCACAACAUUUCAGUGGGAAAUAUUGAAAUUAUUAAUGCAUUAUUUAUCUGACAACUGUUGUUACCAGGUACUUUUGGGUGCAGAUUUUUACACCCAAAUCAGUUUAUAAAAUAUAUUGUAUUAUAUGUUUAACUGCCCAUAAUUUAAUGAGUACUUUUACUUUUGGUUGGAAUUCAGUAUUUAUUCCAUAAUUGAAUACUAAUGCAAUUACUUCUGGCAGGUUUAGACAGGCUUCACUCUACACACUGUCCAAGGUGAGGAAUAGAACCGUUGUACACUUCCAACACACUGGGAUGAUUUCUCUGUCUUCCAUGUGAGGUAAAAAAAGUUUUUUCUUUAGCUAGUCACUCUGUCAUACCAGACUAAACUGACAAAAAUAGUCUUUAAAAAUGGCCAAUGUCUUCCCAAUGUGUGUGUUGCCCAGCAUUUCACUACCUCACAAAUUGAAUUAUAGUGUGCAAUGGUGGCAAAGUGAACUAUCGGCGAGAGCCUGAGAGCUGUACUGGUGCAGCUGCAUCCACAUGACAUUAGGACCAUAGGUUGAUUUGUACCAAACAUUUGCACAGGAGCUUCCUAACCAGCCUCUGCUUUGGGGAUUCUAUAUUAUCACUGCCUUCUGCUGGUAGGAUAAGGAACAACAGUUGCUAACCCCCCCACAAUUUACUACAGUUUAAUCCUUUUCUAUUCUCGUUGCCUCUGAUGACCUGGUACCUUGUGUUAAAUAAAUACACCCAUUCUUUCUUUCUUCUUUCCUUCCUAACCUCCCUUUCCUUCUUUCCUAUUUUUCUGUUGCAUGGAAACCUCACAUGAGGAUGUCAUGUUUGUUCCGUUGGACCUGAAAGCAAAAUAUACCUAUGUGUUUCAAAGCUG